AAUAUGUCGUCGCACCAUAAAUUCAUCCUGUUCCCUCACUCCCUACCGGCACCUGAACUCAAACGGGCUUUGGACCAAGCCUCACGGCUCGGCCACCAGCAAAUUCGUGAAACGGUUGGACACUCAUCGCUACCCACAGGCCGAGCCGAGCAGCGCGAUCUCGGCGAUGGUCAUAGGCGUCGUCGCACAACCGUCUCGAAUGGGGCUGACUACAUGGGUGACGUUGACGCUCGUCCUCACACUGGUGGUAAAGUGGCAUGGUCACGUGAUCCACAACUGUUCCCAGACCCAGAGCCGGCCAAGAUCGAUCCGUCUUCCACAAGAGCUGGCCCAGCACAUGGGGAUCACUCAGAGCCCAGAUCCCGUAAGCGACGCCGGGCUCCGGUCCCCCAAAACAUUCGGGUUGAUGGGGACGAUGGUGGCCGAACCUCUCACCUCUCAAGGGACGAAAGGCUUUCGCAUGCUGGGUCUUGGUGCCACUUGACACCCAAGGAAUCCAUCGAGGUUCAUGAUCCGGUUGUUGAUGAGAAAGACAUCCUGGCAGAGGACUGGAUUCCAAUGACACCCCGGGAUAGUCGACUGUCCACUCCGGAUCUUGCACCCUUGUGCACUGACUUUGAGUUUUGCCCAUGUCAUCCAGACGGCCUAGAUGAGGACAAGAUCAACGAAGACUUUUACUUCGUUUCGAGGUCCAAGAUGGACAUGCAGUGUAAGUUGGCACCCGGCAGGUCCAGGCCCAGGAUGUGCUUGUUGUUGUCGGUUUGCUGA